AUGGCCCCCAUCAGCAUAAACGGGAACACGCUAGACCCUGUCGUGCAAGGGCCAGUGCUCAGGGCCCUCGGCCUCGAAGCCCCCGACGCGUCCGGAUCAGACUAUGUCCUGAUCCAGGUUUCUGACGCCCGUACUACCCCAGAGCAGAAGGGCAACUUGGCCAACCUUGGCCUUGUCCUCCACGGGUACAUCUCGGAGAAGACGUACUUAUACAGUUACGAGGGCACGGAUCUUCAGAAAAUCCGAUCACUUCCCUUUGUGAUCUGGGCCGACAUCUACCUGAAGCAAUUCAAGUAUCUACCUGGCUUAUCAGGGCCCGCUUAUUCACGGACUACGAAUACGGUCGACAUCAUCUUCCACGAGGGUGUCGAUACGUCUUCGGGACGACUCAAGCGGGACAUUGCCGCAGCGGCCCACAUCGAUAGGGACGGCCUCGAGCUGGGAAGGAACAAGGUCCGGCUAACAGUCGAGGAGCGGUGGCUAGACUUACUAGCCUCGAUCGAUGCAGUCCGCGCCAUCCAAAAGGUUCGCCCGCCGCAGCUGCAUAACAACGUGGCCCGGUCCAUCAUGAACGCUUCUGUCACGGUGAGCGGGAUUGCGUACCAGGGCGAAGGAGAGGUUGUGGCUGUUGCGGAUACAGGCUUUGAUAAAGGCGACGUCUCGGCGACCCACCCUGCCUUCACUGGCCGCGUGGUGAAGCUGUACGACCUCGGUCGGCCUGGCAAGUUUGACGAUCCCGACGGCCAUGGCACUCACGUCUGCGGGUCAGUUCUCGGCAGUGGCACCUCAGCAUCGGCAGGCGGUACGAUCCAGGGCACCGCGCCUAAAGCGAGGUUGGUGAUGCAGUCGCUGAUUGGCGAUUUGGGGGGUCUCUCUGGCGUCCCAGUUGACCUCCACGAUCUCUUUGCCCCGCCCUACAACAACGAAAAGGCGCGAGUGCACACCAACUCGUGGGGCUUGACAAUGUUUGCAGGCAUCCAAAACCCGUACGACAGCCAGUCUAAUGACAUCGAUGACUUCGUCUGGAACAACCCGGACUUGGUUGGCUCGACUGCCGCGGCCAAGAAUUGCAUCACUGUUGGCGCCUGCGAGAGUGUUCGGCGCGAGGCCAAGCCCGUGUUGCCCACCUACGGAGACGUCCGUCCAUCCAGUUUUCCCGUGCCACCGCUGAAGACCGACCUAAUGGCCAACAACGCUGAGGGCAUGGCCGCCUUUAGCAGCCGCGGGCCUACCCUGGAGCGGCGGUUCAAGCCCGAUGUCGUGGCGCCCGGCACGUCGAUCCUCUCGACGCAUUCCAGAAAUGCGCCGGCGAGCGACAACGCGUUCGGGACGUCGCCCGACCCGGACUGGUUCUUCGACAGCGGCACGAGCAUGGCUACUCCGUUGGUUGCCGGAUGCGCCGCCGUCUUGCGCGAGACGCUGGUGAAGAACGGCUUCCCUAAACCGCCUGCCUCCCUCGUCAAAGCCCUCCUCGUCAACGGAGCCGCCGGCCUUACCGGCCAGUACAGCCCGCCCGAGGUUGGCUCAACCCCAAACAAAAUCGAAGGGUUUGGUCGCGUCAACCUCGCCGGGUCCGUUAUCAUCCCGUCGCCUGGGGUUGCCGACGGCGGCUUUGGCGAAGGCGGGCCGCUCAAGGAGGGCGACAAGGACGUCAUUGACAUUGAAAUUCCUCCCAGACCGCCUCAAGACAAAAAUACAUUUGGUCCCAGCCCACCUUCGGCAGCGACCUUUAAAAUGACCUUGGUCUGGUCCGACCCGCCCGAGCUCAAUGGCAUGCUGCAGAAUGACCUCGACCUAAUUGUCGUCGCCGCAGACGGCAGUGAGCGCCACGGCAACAUGGGCACCGCCGCCGGCUUCGAUACUGUUAAUAAUGUCGAGCAGGUCCUUUGGGCAAAGAUUCCUACCGGGCACACCCAGCUCGUCAUCCGCGCCACCCACAUCACCAAGUUCCCGCAGCUAUAUGCGUAUGCGUGGCGGAUUACCUGGUAA